AUGAAUAUCAUCAAUCAUUUGGCACUAUCACAGCUCCCAUCUUCAAGAAAGGUAUUAUACCUAUAUCGAAGAGUAUUUAGACUAGCAAAUCAAUGGGAAAAAGAAUCAGAACGUGAUUCUAUAAGAGAUGAAGCAAGAGAUAAAUUCCACAAAAACAUGUAUAAAGCAGAGCUUGAUUAUCUUACUUACACAAUCACAAUCACAACCAAAGGUUACAGUAUCCCAAAAAAUGAUUCUCACUCAAAACAACAAGAUGAAACAACUAUUGAUAUCAAUAUGACACAGAAAGAAAUUCAAAUGAUUCAAGAAACAAUAAUAAACAGAGAUGGAUGGAGAGCAGGAAUGAAAUAUCUUUAUGACUAUAGUACUCUUUCAAGAUAUAUUCAAGAGGAGAGACUACAUUUGAAUAUCAACUAUGAGCCAUACCUCAAUCAUCAAUAUACAAAUGUACCAUUUCAAGUGACUAUUAAUUGUUCAAAACCUGAAAUCAUUUCUGGACAAACACCAAAAGAAUCACAUUACAACCAAUUUGAAGGAAAAUGUGUUAUUUGUUAUGAAAACAUUGCAUCAAAGAGCAGAUCUGGUUUGAGAGCCUAUGAAUUUACAUGUAAUCAGUCUGGAGCUCAAUUCUUUAGACAAUUUCCACCAUAUCCCUAUUUCAAUGGACACAAUGUUAUCAUUGAUCGUAGACAUGUCGAUCAACAUCUCACCAUCGACACUAUCAAAGAGCUUUUGGAUAUUUGUGAAACAAUGCCAGGAUACAAAGUGGCUUCAAACUCUGAUAGAGACGGAACUGGUGCAACCAAUCUCUUGCAUAGACACUAUCAGGCUGGAGACUAUCAUUUUGCAGUAUUUUAUGCUCAAACUAAAAAAGAAUAUCAUCACAAUGAUUGUACUAUUCGUUGGCUAAACUAUCCAUCUGCUUGUCUGCAAAUUCGUGGUCUGCAAAGAGAGCAAGUAGAAAAUACUUCCUUCAAACUAUUCAAUGCAUGGAGAAAUGGAGAUUUUAGCCCUGCUCUACAACAACCUCUACAAACAUGCUCCUUUAUUGCAACGUUUGAUGAGACGGAAAAGAUGUUUCACUUUUUGAUAUUUGCAAGAAAUGCCCAACAACCUAAAUUCCUUACAAGACCAUCCCUUCAAUGUAUCAAGAAAGAAUUUGUUGGAAUAUUUGAAAUGUGUGGUCGUGCUAUUCUUCCAGGAAGAUUAAAAGAUCAACUCUCUCGAUUGGAAUCUAUUUUAAUUGACUUUGAGUCCAAUUCAAACGAUGAUGCUCUAGAUUAUGGUAAAAUAGUUUUAGAUCAAGAACAUGAAAUAUUUAGACAAUGGAUUAAUGAUUAUUAUGUUCAACUCAAAAAUCUAACCACCACAACUCCAACAACAACAAAACAAUUACUAAUAGAAAGCAUGAAUCAUACAUUCAUAGAUAUUUUACGUGAUAAUAGUCCAAUUAAAGAAAAUGAUUUUGAAACUAUUGAUAAAUGGAUUGAAAUCAUGAAAAAAGAUUUAUAA